AUGCCUCACGAAUGCCCUCCUUCCUCAGCCGCCAUCGCUGCUGCUACCAAACGAAACACUAAUGUCCUCUUGCCCAGCAGUUUCAUAGCACACUCGGCCCCUUGGGUCCACGGCUCAGGCAACAUGACCCCCUCGCGCCUGCGCUCCUUAUCGCCUAUGCCCAAGAAUCACGUAACCCGCUCUAUUUCCACGCCUCAACUCGCCAGAACCGCCAGCGCCCAGUCGCAGUCGCAGUCCGAGAGCGAUGGCAUGAACACCAUUCCCGAUCCCCGAGCAGCCACACCGCAACCCGCCCUCUCUCGUCACGACUCUACCGACUCGCAUCCCGAUUUCAGCCAGGAAGUCUCGACCCUCAGCACCAAGCUGAUCAACGCCAUUAACCACUCCACCAUGCUCGACGAUUCAUUACAGCAAACGCGGCAUGAGCUGGAAGCAGCGCGAGAGAAGCUGGCACGCUUGGAGGUCCAGGUACGCGUGCAUGAAGAGAAGGUCGCAAAGGGCCUCCUGGUCGACAAGGUUGUCUACGACAAAAUGGAGAAGCAGUUGACGAGCGAGCUACAAGAAGAGCGCAAGCGAAGGGCGGUAGCAGAGGCAGCUAAGCGGAAGACGGACAGUGAGGUUGAGGCUUUGACGGCUGCGCUGUUCGAGGAGGCCAAUGUGAUGGUUGCAGCUGCACGAAAAGAGACAGAAGCGUCUGAGAAGCGCAGUGAACAACUAAAGCAACAACUAGGUGAUGCUGCCGUACUCCAGCAUUCUCUCCAGGACCAAUUACAGGAUCUCAAAGGCGUAGUGGAAAAAAUGAGCCAACACGGCGACGAUAACGACAGCCACAUUCUUAGCACCACCGCGCCUUCUACGCCAGGCCUCACACCUGCAGACAAGAUGAGCAAGCUGUUUGAAGCCAUGAACCUCACACCCAGCACCCCAGGCACCGAUGAUAUUACUCCAGACCACCCGCUCCACUUCUCCCAUCUCAUCCACCCAGUUCUCCGGUCCGAUCUUACUGCAUUCAAGGAGUUUCAGGAUAUGCUCAAAAUUAGCGCUCGCAAUUCGGCGCCACCGAGCCGUAGUUCGAGCGGCAGCUACGGCAGUCUUGGUGUACUUGGCCUUGGAUCGCUGACCAAUAGCUCUACGACCUCUCUACCCUCAAAGUCACCCACUUCGGCUGCCAACUCACCCCGUGAGUCAGUAGCAAACUCUGCGAUGCCCAACCUAAAGGACGAAAAGUUUUACAAGCGUGCUUUGAUUGAAGAUAUUGAGCCGACAUUACGUCUGGACAUUGCACCUGGUCUCUCUUGGAUGGCACGCCGUACAGUGCUGAACAGCAUCACUUCUGGAUCUCUCGUCGUAGAGCCGAACCCCGCGCCAUCAUCCAAGUUCCGAGUACCUGUUUUCCCCUGCUCGCUAUGUGGAGAAGCAAGGAUGGGUGACCAGUACGCACGAAAGUUCCGCUUCAAGCCUGCAGAUACCGAGGACUCGCAACGCUACCCCCUGUGCGACUGGUGUUUAGGUCGAGUUCGGGCAACGUGCGACUACAUCGGUUUCCUUCGUAUGAUAGCUGCGGGCCACUGGCGAGCGGAAACUGAAGAAGAGAAAAAGUCAACAUGGGAAGAGAGUGUCCGGCUUCGAGAGCGCAUGUUCUGGACAAGAGUUGGUGGAGGUGUGGUACCGUCAUUUAUUCCUUUAAGAGAUGGCGCAAGAAGUCCAACAUUCUCAAAUGGCGAGCAGAGAAUGAGUGAAGAGAGCGUCGUCUCUUUUGAGCCCAGGGACAUUACGGUAGAUGGCCCAGCAUCCGCAAUGGAGCCAAGAAAGAGUGAAGAAGAUCCAUUUCGAACAAAGGGCGAGGUGAAUCUUAAACGAAUCUCCAUUGGCAACACCAUCCUAUCCAACAACAGCACUACUUCGAAUGCUCCAGCCGUACAGCCGGACAAGGAGACAACUUCACCGAUACCUACGUUGACCGUGGACGAGGAGAAGACGAUCGAAGACGAAGCUGAUGCUCAACUCCACGAAGAGGUCAGCAAAUCGCUCGACGUAAAAGACGUGACCGAUAUGUCUUUUAGGCAGCGCCAGCGCUCGAUAUCGAAUCCCCACCCAUCACAAACCGUACAGGUGAAGAAGAAGGACGAGAGGCUCAGCUUAAUGAUUCCUGGUUCCAUGCCCGGAGGCUUCGACUAA